CUCAUCUCACUUCUUGGUCAUUCCAAUUCCUCCCCGAAAAGUUCCAUCCAAUCACACGGGAAAACAAAAUCCCCAAACCAAUGGCGGAAGAGAAGUAGAGCAGCACCAUCAGUCGGCACUCAGAAGUCGGCCACAAGAGUCUCCUCCAGAGCGACGCCCUUUACCAGUACAUUCUGGAGACGAGUGUUUACCCUAGAGAGCCAGAAGCCAUGAAGGAGCAGAGGGACAUCACCGCCAACAUCCAUGGAAUCUGAUGACGACGUUCGCCGACGAAGGCCAAUUCUUGAGCAUGCUGUUGAAGCUGAUCAAUGCCAAGAACACCAUGGAGAUCGGCGUCUACACCGGAUACUCCCUCCUCACCACCGCCCUCGCCCUUCCCGACGACGGCAAGAUCUUGGCGAUGGAUAUCAACAGGGAGAACUACGAGCUGGGGCUGCCCGUGAUCGAGAAAGCCGACGUUGCUCACAAGAUCGAGUUCAGAGAAGGCCUGCCCUCCCCGUUCUUGACCAGAUGCUUGAAGACGGGCAACUCUGUUUUCAAUUAUCUUCAAGACGGAAGGAUAUCACAUCUCGAUUCGAAAUUUGAACAUUGUGUGUCAGUGUGUGUUAUGUAUGUGCAGAAAGCGAACCAUGGGAGCUACGACUUCAUCUUCGUGGACGCGGACAAGGACAACUACAUCAACUACCACAAGAGGCUGAUCGACCUGGUGAAGGUGGGUGGGGUGAUCGGCUACAACAACACCCUGUGGAACGGAUCUGUGGCCCAGCCGGCUGAUGCUCCCAUGAGGAAGUACGUCAGGUACUACCGCAACUUCGUCAUGGAGCUCAACAAGGCCCUCGCUGCUGACCCUAGGAUCGAGAUCUGCAUGCUCCCCGUUGGCGAUGGGAUCACUCUCUAUCGUCGGAUCCCCUAA